AUGCCUGUCGACGCCAAGGUGGAAGAGAAGAUCCUAUCUAUGGUCACCAUUGCCGAUAAGAGAGUCCACGCUAUGGACCAGACUGCCGCUGAGGUCUGUUUCGAGAGCCUCCCAACCCCAAGGCUAGUGGGCAGGGACAUGCCCUACAUGAAGGUCGGGGCCGCAGUGAAUAUCGCGGCCCUCAUGCAGGAAGAUGCCCCCACGGAGGAGUAUUUUGCCAAGUUGCUGAGCGGCGGUGCCUCUGUUAUCGUCUUGGACAUCACUAAGGGUGUUUUCACUGAUGGAGUCAACCCUCAAGCUUUGGUCGACAAGCUCAACACAUGCGUACAGAUGAUCAGGAAGAAGCUCUCCCUAGGAACUGCUGGAAAGGGCAGUGGAAUGAGUCGCCCCUUUUCCCUCGCCCUUUCUGUGGCAAACAACGAGUUGGCGAAGUUGUGCAUCUCCAAAGUUGCCAUACCACGCGGUAUUGGCUCGGUCAUUAUCCCUCCGGUCCGCACUGGUGCUGAAGUGACGGCCUUCCGCAGCUCAGCCUUGGGCAUGAGGGGCAGAAGGAUCAAGAUAUUCGUAAGAGGGCAGCCCUUACUCACUCUGCUGAGGGCGGCUUAG